GGCUCGUUGUUAUAUGAAUCCAAUGCGUCCUCGGUGAAUCCCCUCGCUCAUUUCGUGACUUCAGAGCUUUUUUGGGUCUCCGUAGAGUUCAGGAGCCGUUGUAGAAAUUCCAUCUGCAUUGAUCAUGGAUGGGCAUGACUCCGAAGAUCCAAAGCAGAGCACUGCAGAUAUGACAGCCUUUGUGCAAAAUCUUCUUCAGCAGAUGCAAACUAGGUUCCAGACUAUGUCAGAUUCCAUAGUCACAAAGAUUGAUGAGAUGGGAAACCGUAUAAACGAGUUGGAGCAAAGCAUCAAUGACCUUAAAGCGGAGAUGGGCGUGGAGGGCUCACCAUCACCUGCGGCGCCUGCUAAGCCAAAGCAAGAAGAGGGAUCUUCUUAAGUCAUGUUCGUGUUAAAGUGCUUUUCCUUAUUUUCUUGCGUUACAUCAGGAUUCUAGUAUUGUGGCGUCUAUCUCUAUGCGUAGUGGUUCAUCAAGCACUGAGAAAUGUGAACAGAGUGUGCUCCUUUGUAUCUAAUUAUUUUACUGUUCGUAAAGAGAAACCAGUUUUGCUGACUAAGUGGUUGUGUUUCCCAUUUGACAUGGGCUUGAUUGAGAUCUAUUAGUGUGGGGGACAAAUUAAGAUACUUGAUACUUCCGUAUUUCAUAUGUUGCGACUAUUUUGAAACUUC